AUGGACCCACCAUCACCAUGGAAAACGCCGAACCAAGUUAUGCAGAUACACAAACUAAAAAUACGGAAAAAAGCAUUGCAGGACCGUAUGAAACAGUCAUCAGCUACAGAAGAAUCAAGUUCACAUAACAAUUCGACAAAUGAUUUAGAUUUUUCAAGGAUUCUCAGAGGAGAUAAAAGAAAAAAUCCAUUUUCCAAAAAUGCUGUUGAGCAAAGCAAGAAAGCAAAAGUUGAAGAUACACAGUUAAAUGAAUCUAAUGAUAAAACACUAUUUGCAUUACUGAAGUUACCAGCAAAAAUUCCUGAAAAGCCACCACAUGAAGUUGACUCAGAGAAAUUAUCAACAUUUUCUAAUUUACUGCAAAAGUUCACAGCCGACCAUACCAUCGAAAAUAAGAUAACAGAAAGUAAAUACAAAAAACUACCUAUAGACUGGGCCUUAAAGACAAAGUUAAGACUAAUGUCAGCUAAACCUUUUCCAUGGACAAAUAAAUUGAAAGCAAGUGAAGAAGCUUCAGGGAUUACAGGGUUUGUGAGGUGUCUAGACACAACAUCAUCAUCAACGUUGGACACAUCACCACGGGCUAGAUUUCAUCAAACAUGUCUAUACUGGCAACAUCCAAGUCUGCCCUGGCUUAAUCUCUUCCCACGUUCGUCUGGCAAAGUUGCAGCUACCAGCUUCAUGGCAACAAACGAGGAGGUCAAACAAGCUCUACUGACUGAGUGGACAGAAAGUUUUAGAUCUUUAUUUCAGUUACUGCGUGCACUGCAUUGUCCAUAUUUCUAUGUAUGUGGAAAUACUUUUACUUGUCUAUUUUUGGCGGCUGGAUUGUGUGGUUUACCUGAGCCUGCAGCUCUUAUUGCACCUACUACUAGAGGCUUCCGACAAACUUUAAGGCAAGAAGAUGUGGAGUACACAAUGCCCCUUCGGCCUGACAACAAGAAGCGUCUAAACACAUCCGACGACGAUAGGAAGAACUCAUCGCAUGAUAGUUGCUAUGAUACUAUGGACGGCGGCACCAAUGGGAAGUGCCCUUCGGAGGAUGAAGACGAUCCACAUGAAUUUCUAUCUCAAAUGGGUCUCGCAACCGAAGAAAUCAAUAAGAUACACAAUGCACAGGCCCGAUUAGCUCAAAACGCAGAGAGCUCUGUAGAUAAUGCAGCCGAGUCACUAGUGUUAGUGCGUGGGGCUGAUGCGCAAGCGCUGUUUAACUUCCUCCUCAACUGCAAGUCGCUGGUCAGUCCCAUUGGUCCCUACGCGGGAGUUCCCCCCACACUACUAUCUCCUACUGCUUUCCAUGGAGGUGCACUGCAAUCACUUAAGGUCCGAGAGAACGUUAUUCUGUCAGAUAGUAAGAAGUACUAUUCAAUAGAAUUAAGGGGACCCUUGCUGCCCACCGCAAUACAUUCCAUCUUCAAUGUUCUGAAGACAACAUCAAAAGCGCAGUUCAGCGCGACGUUCGCACAUCACCAGCCUUCGCUGGCUUUCUCGUGGGCUGCUAAGAUUAUUGCUGAAGACGAAUCAUCUAAAGAGAACGAACCAAAUCAUUUUGCCAACGCCUUCAAGAAGGAGAACCUUUCCGACUGCGGCAUCAGUGAUGAAUUAUUGACACAUUUCUGUUCUUCGGAGCCAGGAUCCAUAUUGUGUCUAGAUAGUGUUAAGUAUGACGCUGAGAAUGACACUUAUACGUGGUAA